AUGGCGGAGAUCAAAGCUACCCGCCCGCAUUGUGUCAUUGUUUAUGAUAGAGUGGUUGAGGCGAAUAGAGAACGCAAGAUCGAGGAAUGCUUGAUGUCCUAUGCUCGCUCAGACGCGGUUCGUGAAGAUCAAUUAAUUAUAAUGCAGUUCGAGACUCGAGGCUCAUUGGAGAUGAUGCAGACGUCGGCUUAUCAGUUAUCGACGAGAUGA